AUGUCACAGGUGUCCCACCACAGCACCUGCUCACUGCCUUACAGAACUGGCACCACCAUUCCAAACCGGCGCGGUACAAGGGGUGCGCCCCACAAACUCUCCGUACGACAGGUCCGUAGAACCCAGCUCCACGGUUAUAAAAAUCCGCAGCAUCAAGAUGGCGCAAGGGGAAAACAGAAGUUUAAAGCGCAGCCCGGUGGAGCUAAGAAGCUAAACAAAACAAAACCAAUUUUAUCAGGAAAAGGAGGUCGAUUACACCAAAGAAAGCCAAAAGUGGUCCAGCAGCAGCAGUUGAAGAAGGGCCUGGAGGUGGCGAUCAGGAACAAGAUUGAAGAGGAGGUGACGCACAGGGCGAGCACCAAACUUCACAAGAGGCUCAGCAUCGUGAAAGGGGCGGAGGUCAAGCCCACCCCUUCUAAAGGCAACAACCACCCCAACCACCCCCCAGCCAGCACCUCUCAGUAGACUCUUACCCGUCAUCCUAUGGUUUGAGGAGGGCUAGGAGGACCUGACGGGGAGAACGUGAACGUCGCCGUUGAAGGAAACCGCAGUUUGAAUGUCGUAGAAGUGUGAGGGACCUCUAACCUCAUUGGCUGGUCCCUCCUGAUGACCUGUUUUGGAGUCGUGGUUGGAGAACAGAGACACGUUUCUACCGUAUAGUCCAGUUCAAAUUGAAAAUAAACAAAAGUUGUGGACUUUUUGUAAA